CCUCCAUCUGUAACGGAAUUCCAGAAUGCCGAGAUGGGUCCGAUGAACAUAAUUGCGCUCGCGGAGCGGUAUGCUUGCACGUGGAGUGGAGGUGCAAGAGCGGCGAUUGUAUACCUCAACAUCAACGUUGUGAUCGCCGGAUCGAUUGCCCAUACGACGACAGCGACGAGUUGGACUGUCACUAUAGAGCUAUGCAAAGAAAUCACAGUAGGUGCAGCGCGCACGAAUGGAUGUGCAAUGACGGUCAUUGCAUCCCACUGCAUCAGCGGUGCGACAAAAGGCUCGACUGUCCUAGAGAUAUGUCCGAUGAAAUGGAUUGCAGUUAUGAUAAUUGUCGCGAGGUCGUAUUCCAAUGUCGUGACGAGGGUCUCCUACGUGCCAGAGUACGUUGGAUUCGCGGCAACGGCCUUCCUCUGCCGCCCGGAAGCAGAGACAUCAACGGUCGCCUGGAGAUACCCAAUAUUCAACUUGAGCAUGCGGGAACCUACAUCUGUGAAGCCUUGGGUUAUCCACCGUCCACCCCGGGCCGUCAAGUGACCGUCGUCCUUAGCGUCGAGAAAUUUGAGCAGCCAGCCACCAGACCACCACAAGUGUGCCAGUACGAUCAGGCUACCUGCAGUAACGGCGACUGUAUUCCCAAAUCGUACGUUUGCGAUGGUAAAUUCGAUUGCACCGAUGGAUCCGACGAGAUGCGGUGCAGUCCGCACGGAUGUGAACCUAACGAGUUUCGCUGCAAUAAUAAGCAGUGCGUCAGCAAGUUGUGGCGUUGCGACGGUGACAAGGACUGUGCGGAUAACAGCGACGAGGAGAACUGCGCGCCGUCUCCCCCGGGAUCUCCGUGCCGUUACAACGAGUUCGCCUGCAGCAGCAAUAAACAGUGCAUCCCGAAAAGCUACCACUGUGACAUGGAGCGCGACUGCUUGGACGGCAGCGACGAAGUUGGAUGCUCUCCCGUUUACAUUGUGAAACCUCCACCGCCAAUGGUCGUCCUCGUGCCGGGCGAUAUAUUGGUCCUCACCUGUACAGCAAUCGGUGUUCCGAUACCGGAAAUCAACUGGCGUCUCAAUUGGGGACAUAUCCCCGCGAAAUGCACGACCGUGUCCACCAACGGAACGGGUACACUAACAUGUCCAGAUAUACAGACGGAGGAUCAGGGUGCAUACUCGUGCGAGGCGUUGAACGUCGGAGGCUUUGUCUUCGCUGUGCCGGAUGCCAUCGUUGUCGUGAAGGAACGUGGCAAUGUUUGUCCUAGAGGCAAAUUCAAUUCCGAGGCGAAGACCGCCGAGGAGUGUAUCUCAUGCUUUUGCUUCGGCGUUGCCACCGAGUGCCGCAGCGCCGAUCUCUUCACUUAUCAGAUUCCGCCGCCAUUCGAUCGCCACAAGAUCGUGUCGGUUGAAACCAUUCCGACGAUUAGAAUCCACGGCGACGUUAGCAAUCAAAUAUCUCAGAUUCGUCCACUUGGCCGGGAUGGCGUUCAACUAUUGGAAUCCUUCAGUAACGACUUGAAUGUCUACAACAUUCCCUAUUUUUCACUGCCGGAGAAUUAUCACGGAAGUCAAUUAAAGUCCUACGGCGGCUAUCUAAGAUACUCAAUUCGCCAUAGCGGUAAUGGUACGCCGAACUAUGCCCCUUCCGUCAUCUUAAGUGGCAACAAUUACAUUUUGGUGCAUAAAGGUGAAGAGCCAACGCCGGAUUACGAGAAUGAGAGAUCGGUCAGAUUCUUCUAUGGCGAUUGGUACAAGCUACAAGGAAGAAGCGAAGUUCUAGCUUCCAGGGAAGAAAUUAUGAUGACGUUGGCGAACGUUGACAACAUUCUUAUAAAGGUGAAAUACGACGACUCUCCGCAGCUAGACGUUCGUCUCACUAAUAUCAUUAUGGACACUGCCGAUGUGCGAAAUACUGGCUUAGGAUCCGCGUCCUUCGUCGAGGAAUGUCAAUGUCCUACAGGAUACACUGGUCUAUCAUGCGAGCAUUGCGCACCUGGUUAUUUGAGACGUGAAAGUGGGCCAUGGCUUGGCCAAUGUUACAGAGAUGAACCACCGUGUCCUCCGGGAUAUUAUGGCGAUCCUUCAAGGAAUAUCCCUUGCCAGAUUUGUCCUUGCCCACUUACGAAUCCAUCGAACCAAUUCGCUCGCACGUGUCAUCUUGGCUCUGACGGCCAACCCACAUGUGAUUGUCCUCCUGGCUACGUUGGACGCAGGUGCGAGCAGUGUGCCACCGGUUACCAAGGGAAUCCUCUUAUUCCUGGAGAUAUGUGCGUUUCGCUUCAGCAAUGUGAUCCUAACGGCAGCCUUAGUCCUAACGCCGAUCCACAUACUGGAAAAUGUCAUUGCAAGCUAUAUGCAACGGGUCUCACUUGCAACCAAUGUAAGGCGAAUACCUUUAGUCUGGCCGCGACGAAUCAAUUUGGAUGCAUAGCUUGCUUCUGCAUGGGCAUCACCAACAGAUGCGUUUCUUCUAACUGGUAUAGGAACGAGAUUCGCGUAUCGUUUACCAACUCGAUUCGAGAUUUCUCUUUGAUCGAAUCCAAGAGCACCGAUACACCAGACAUUGUAAAAGGAAUUCAUCUAAACACCAUCAACCGAGAAAUAGUUUAUAGAGAUUUUCCCAAUCGUGGUAACAAUGAUGUCUACUACUGGCAAUUGCCCAGCAUCUUCUUAGGAGAUCAAAUAACAUCUUACGGUGGAAAUCUCAAGUACACCGUCAGAUACGUGCCCUCUCCAGGCGGUCAAAGUUCAAGGAACAACGCUGCGGACGUCGAACUCAUUAGCGCUAACGGUAUCAACUUGCUUUACUACUCUCGCGAGUCUCCCGAGCCUAACUCCCAGCAAUCAUUCACCGUACCGUUGCUCGAACAAUAUUGGCAACGUAAUGAUGGAACUCAAGCGGACAGAGAGCAUCUUUUAAUGGCUUUGGCGGACGUACGAGCCAUCAGAAUUAAAGCCACUUACACAACACAUACAGACGAAGCUGCACUCUCCUUUGUGUCUUUGGACACCGCCGAAAAAUAUAACACAGGUAAAGCUCGCGCAGUCGAGGUUGAAGAGUGUACUUGCCCCGCCGGCUACAGAGGACUUUCAUGCGAGGAUUGCGACGUUGGUUACACCCGGGCUAUUGAAGGUCUCUACUUAGGCAUCUGCGAACCGUGCAACUGUAACAAUCAUUCGAAUCAAUGUGAUCCCGAAACUGGCACUUGUGAGAAUUGCGCUCAUCACACUACGGGUGAGUACUGUGAACAGUGUGAACCGGGAUACGAAGGAGAUGCUACCCGAGGCACUCCGAACGAUUGCCUGUAUAGGAGUCAGAGGCCCGAGCCAUGCAGAUGCAACGAGGCUGGUUCACGCAGCACUUCUUGCGUCGACGGUCGAUGCGAAUGUAAGAGAAACGUCGAGGGUCCAGAAUGUAAUCGAUGCCGUCCGUCGACAUAUGGAUUACGCGCUGAGAACAUUGAUGGAUGUAUCGAGUGUUACUGUAGUGGAGUAACUGAUCAAUGUCAUGAGAGUACAUUAUACGUACAACAAAUACCAAUGUGGGUAUAUGACUCCCAUCAUGGCUUCACUCUUACGGACUCAACUAGACGUGACAUAAUUGACGAUGGCUUCGAUCUAAAUGUGGCAAUGAAUGAAAUCGGCUACCGCUAUCCAGACAGCAGAAGUCGCAGAUUAUUCUGGUCUCUUCCGAGCGUUUUUACUGGUAACAAAGUGAAGAGUUACGGUGGGAAUUUGACUCUGACACAACAUAUUACCGCACAUCCUGGCGCUCAGAGUUACAAGGAUCAAGAUAUUCUACUAAUUGGCAACGGCAUUACAUUGUUCUGGACAAAUCCAGUGGAGCUUCAGCCUGAAAUUCCGCUAACCUACACCGUUCCGUUGAAAGAGCAUGAAUGGAGAAGACUGACUACCGAAGGACCUCGCAGCGCUUCUAGGACGGAUCUUAUGAUAGUGCUUUCCAAUUUAGAAGCUAUCUUGGUCCGUGCGUCUCAUAGUGAGCGGAUGACCGCAACGUACAUCAGUGACAUCAGCAUGGACACGGCUGUAGAAAAUCUGAUUGGAAACCGACGUGCGACUCAGGUUGAAGCUUGUCGUUGUCCGACCGGUUACACGGGCACCUCCUGUGAAACCUGCGCUCGCGGUUAUUAUAGAGACACCAGCGAUCGAACUGUCAGUUAUUUAGGAGCGUGUAAUCCCUGUCCAUGCAACAAGAACGAAGAGAGCUGCGAAAUCAGUAGAUCCGGCCAUAUCAAAUGUCACUGCCUGCCGGGAUACACGGGACAGUAUUGCCAGGACAGUGGUACCGGUGAGCUCAUGGUAAGCCUAAUGCCGAUGAAUGGCGAAGUCGAGCCGUAUUCCACGAUCCAAUUUACGUGCAACUAUGACUAUCCAGACAUGUUUUACAUCUAUUUUAAAUUAUCGUCGUUCGACGGAUUUCCCAUAACUGCGCGGAGUGGCGAAAUCGGCCCAAUAAUGAAGACAGAGAAAGGAGCUGUCCGCACUUGGUUCGUCCACAUGGGGAACAUUCCCUGCAACGUGGAGUGUCACAUUGUGAAUGACCGUGGCAAAGAAUUGAUCAAAAUUGUGACAUCGAUUACGCCAGUUGGAGAACCGCAAACAACUACUACGCAGAGCCCAAUAUUUCCACCGAAGAUCACAGUUUACAUACAGGAAAGUGAAUUCCAGAUCGUCCACACAGGAAAAACUGUCCGAUAUCACUGCACAGGCAGAUCCAGAGAAUAUGAUUCGGUGAACAUUAGAUGGGAGAAAGAAGGUGGUCAGUUACCGCCUGAUAGGAGCGUAGACGACUCGAAUGGACUUUUGGUCAUUAGAGAUGUGAAGGUGUCUGAUAGUGGUAUAUACGUCUGCCAAGUGAGCGAUGGAACGAACAUUGGAUAUAAAAAAGUCACACUAACUGUUGGAGGAACCAACCCGGUAGAACCUAGAGUCACUAUAAGUCCAUCAUAUCAACAAGUGAGGGAAGGUGAACCUGUUGAGUUCCGUUGCGAAGCUACUGGUAAUCCACCACCCCAACUUGAUUGGAUAAGAGUUCACGGAAGCAUGAGUCCGGAAGCGACGUUCUAUAACGGCGUAUGGAGUCUUCCAGCCACAUCGAAGAACGACGCAGCUGAAUACAAGUGCGUCGCUAGGAACAAUGUUGGCAUAGACGAGAAGACGACCAUCUUAUACGUCCAAGAUAAUCCUAAUAAACCACCACCUCAGGGUUUACCGCCAACUAUAACUCCGUCCGAAUGGUCUGGAACCAGUGAAGAAGUUGUCAGGUUGAUCUGCACACCGUCUCAACAUGCGAAUGUCACCUGGACGAGGUCCGGUGGAUUGCCAUUGCCUUAUACCGCCAGUCAGCGCGACGGUAUCUUGACAAUUACCAAUCCCACUCCCAGGGAUUCCGAUAUAUACGUGUGCACCGCGACGAGUGUUCGCGGAACGGAGACGAGCACCACUGCCAGGAUUACUAUAAUAUCUCGUCCAGAACCACCUUCAGUCAAAGUCAGACCAGAACGACAAGAGGUAAAGCAAGGCACUGUGGCUGAAGUGCGAUGCAUCACUAGCGGAGAACCAGGUCUACAGGUGAAAUGGAGCAAAUACACGGAAACGAUGAGCUCCCGUGUUCAACAGGUAGGGGACACUCUCAGGAUCAUUAAUGUCCAGGUCUCCGAUCGAGGAGUAUACCUCUGCCGGGUUAUUGGCCCCACAGGCAGCUACGAGGCCAGCGCUAUCAUCGAAGUUGAACCUCGUGAAGCUCCAGUUUUAGAGCUAUAUCCACAAGAUUUACAAAUGGUCAUCCUCGGCGGUUCCGCCGAUCUUCAGUGUCGCGCGAAGGCCGGUUUUCCUGUGCCCGAAUUGCGAUGGUCUCGCCAAGACAAUCGACCAUUUACUUCCAACAUCGAGCAACUUCCCGGUGGCCUUCUCAGACUGUCGAACAUCACAGUGAAUGACGGCGGUGCCUACAUCUGUUCCGCGUCAAACGAAGUCGGCUCGACGUCAGUCAUCGCGCACAUCGAAGUACAGUCCAUGCCUGUGAUCACCAUCACACCGCAGCAUGGUAUCUUGCAGGUGAAACGCGGAAGUCUAGUCCGUUUGAUGUGUAGCGCUAGCGGUCAUCCACAACCCAAUGUGGCUUGGAGCAAAUAUGUGAAUGGAAUAACUAUACAGGACACAUAUAGCAAAACAGCAGCUACUCCUUUAACUGCCGUUUACGAGAUAUACUCUGUUUCAUCUGACGAUGAAGGAUCCUACACUUGCACAGCUACGAACGCCGUAGGAAUAGCCGAAGAGCGUGUCCAGAUCCGUAUCGAGGAUGAUGACGAUUAUGUACCUUGCACUGGCGACAGAGGCGAUAUUCCAUGCGAUGAUCGACAACGACCACAACCUGAUUCUAGGGAUCCAAAUCAAACAGAGGGAGGAGUAUUGAUUCCCAAAGACUAUUUGAGAAUUCCGGAUGGUGGUAAAGUCGAAAUGCGUUGUCAAGUCUUUGGACCAGAUGGAGAUCAUAUCUAUUUAGACUGGAAGAGAAGCGAUCAUCGUUCCCUUCCAGAAGGUAGCACAGUACACAAUGGAGUGUUGAGUAUCCCGACUGUUGAUAGAAACGCGGCUGGAGAAUAUAUCUGUUUGGGUUUGGAUCCUGCCGGCACAGUGCUCUUCCGAGCGAAAUCUCAUCUUGAAAUUAUAUCUCCACCAAGAAUUGAAUUAAAUCCAACACGUCAAACAGUGGGACCUGGAGAAAAUCCAUCAAUAAUUUGUACUGCUACGGGAGACGAACCUCUGCAUAUCGAAUGGAAAGCUAUAGGACGCCCAUUACCGUAUUCUGUAUCGGACAGCGGUGGCAUCCUGCAAUUCCAUGGUAUCACAUAUUCCGACGCCGGCAAAUACGUGUGCAAAGCGACAAACGCAGCAGGAACGGCGGAGGCGGUAGCAGAAGUUUUAGUUAAUGAACAUCCUUACGACAAUGCAAGGAUCCGCGCUGAACAAAGAGACGUUGUAACUCAUGCCGGUAAUUCUGUACGCUUACGUUGCGAGAUGCGUGAACGUGCGACGAUUCAUUGGAGCCGAGAGGGGCUACCGUUGCCAGCCAACGCACGAAUCGGAGAGGAUUACUUGGAGCUGAUGCAAGUGAAACCCGAAGACAGCGGAAGAUACAUCUGUCAGAUCCAGACGAGCCGCGGUGUAUCCAGCGAUUAUAUUAAUUUCAACGUUUCUCUAGUUAAUUUGCUUGCGGAUUGCAUGCCAGUGUACCGAUCGCAGUGCAGGCACUGGGAGUAUCAAUGCAGAAGCCUACAAUGCAUUCCGAUGGAAUACUUUUGCGACGGCUAUGUUCAGUGCAACGACGGUACUGACGAACGCUUCUGCCGCAACGCGCGCUAUCGCCAAUAUCUUCAGAGACCACGCGCUGCUGCAGUGCCUUCAGUAAGCAUCGAGGUGUCUCAAGAUCCAAUAAACAUCGGAGACACCGUUGAUAUACAUUGUACAUACACUGGAACACGCAGUCCACGUUAUCGUUGGAUGAGACCGAAUCACGUAAGCCUGCCAACAAACGCACAGGAGUACGGCAACGUUUUGAGGCUAACUAAUGUAGUCGUUAGCGAUAGCGGACCCUACAGAUGCACAGUAGAUACACCCGAAGGCAUACUCGCGAAGGACUUUAAUCUAAUCGUCCAUGGUGGAAUUCUCGAUGAACCAGCGAUUGAAACCAAAUUGGCGCCGUACGGAUCAAGUCUGGAAAUGGAUUGUCGGUUAGAUCUCGAUCCGCCAAUACAAUUCCAGUGGAACAAACUCGGUGGACUUCUGCCACGUGACAGUCAGACUUACGAGAACAAAUUAAAAUUAACUAAUGUAAAGGCUGAAGACGCUGGAACGUACAUUUGCUCCGGAAAUAACGGAGAAUCGCGAGUUGAAGUGCCUACAGUGUUAGUUGUAACAGGAGUUGUGCCUAAUUUUAGUCAGGCACCCGAAAGCUAUAUUGCUUUCCCUCCUCUACCUGACUCCUACCUCAAGUUCAACAUCGAAAUCUCUUUCAAACCGGAAAGUUACGAUGGCAUUCUGUUAUACAACGACGAAUCUGGUCACGGUGACGGCGACUUUAUCGUUCUAUCUCUAAAUAACGGAUACCCGCAAUUCAAAUUCAAUCUCGGUUCUGGCCCAGCUGUUAUUCGCGCGGAUAAGCCUAUCACCUUGAGCGAGUGGCACACCAUUAAGAUUCAACGCAAUCGAAAGGAAGGAACAAUGCUGGUGGACGGCGAAGGUCCUUACAAGAUGGUCGCUUUAGGCAGACGCCAAGGUCUCGAUCUCAAGGAACCUCUUUACAUCGGCGGAGUACCCAGCUACAGUAGAAUCAACGUGCAAGCCGAGGUGAACACUGGUUUCGUCGGGUGCAUCAGCCGACUAGUCCUCGGGGAUAAACAGGUCGAUCUAAUUGGCGAUCAGACUGAUAGCGUGGGCAUUACGACUUGUGAAACCUGCGCCGAGAAUCCUUGCAAUAAUGGUGGUGUGUGUCAGGAAGCAGCCACGAAAAACGGCUACACAUGUCUGUGUCGAGCCGGAUUCAGCGGCAAGCAUUGCGACAACAUUGGCCAAUCCUGCUAUCCAGGUGCGUGCGGAGAAGGUGAAUGCGUCGAUGAAGAAGUCGGCAGCUUCCGUUGUUACUGUCCGAUCGGGAAGACAGGAGCAAGAUGCGAGCAUUCGAUGAACAUCUACGACCCAGCUUUCCAUGACGAUAGAGCUUUCAUCGCCCACGAGACUCCAAAAGCUCUUAGACGGCUUAAGGUAGCCAUGAGUUUUAAUCCGGCGGACUCUGGAGAUGGAAUCUUGAUGUAUUGUUCUCAAAAUGACGAAGGCCUCGGAGAUUUUGCAGCACUCGUGAUAAAGGAUAGACACGUCGAAUUUCGCUUCGAUAUCGGCUCUGGAAUAACAACAAUAAGAUCACCUUAUUCCGUUCAACCUGGUGUAUGGGCGCAUGUAACAUUGAAUCGAGACUUUAAGGAUGCGAAACUGUCGGUGAACGGUGAGUCAUUUGUGGAGGGCAAAUCACUCGGAGCUGCAAGAACUAUGAACCUAAAUACGCCUCUUUACAUCGGAGGGGUUGAUCGCAGAAGAAUUACGAUCAAUCGGAACGUCGGUGUUGAUCGUAGCUUCCGUGGAUGCAUAAGCGAACUUGAAGUUGCGUCAGUCAAUUUGGAUAUAUUGAAGUCAUCAAUUGAUGCGGCCAAUAUUGAAGAUUGUUCAGAGCCUCAUCCGAAUCAAACAAUGAUUCAUACUACUAUCACUACUCCGGCGCCCACGCAGCCGCCAACAACGUUAUACUAUCCUUGUACAUCGAAUCCUUGCAUUCAUGGCCAGUGUCAAAAUUUAAACGAUGAUUAUUCGUGUACAUGCGAAUACGGAUACGCAGGCAGAAACUGCGAAAAGAUGCAAAAGCAAUGUGAAUUUUUAACCCCAUGUAGAAACGGCGGUACCUGUACGGAUCUCCAUGACUCCUAUAAAUGUGAUUGUCGCCUCGGUUACAACGGGCAAAAUUGUGAAAAGUUGGCAGAGAUCACGUAUGAUGUUGCCUUCAGAGGAGACGGCUGGCUGGAAUUAGAUAGAUCUGUCAUGACACAUGAAGAAGAACGUGAAGUUUUUGGCCUCGAGAUAAGCACUAAUAAGAGUUACGGAUUGAUUUUGUGGCAUGGUCAAUCGCCAAACGAUUUAAGUCCCAAUAACUACAUUGCUGUUGCUGUAGUAGAUGGGUACGUGGAGUAUCAAUACAACUUGGGCUCUGGUCCCGCCAUGAUUCGCGUCACCGCCCAGCGCGUCGAUGACGGGGAACGGCACAGGAUAAUUCUGAAACGUCAAGGAAGCGAUGGCAGCGUCGAACUGAACGGCGAACACACCGAGAGCGGUGUCAGUGACGGACUUCAGCGAACUUUUAAUGCAAUGGGUAGCGUUUAUUUGGGUGGUUUACCUGAUUAUGCAAUGACUUACGGUAAAUACCACGACGGAUUCUCCGGUUGUAUUUACACGCUGGAGGUACAGGACUCAGGGGCUAUCGAUAUCGGUGAGAAGGCUAUCAGAGGAGUAAAUGUCUCACCAUGCACCAGAGUAAGAUGGAUACCAUCUUCGUUGGUAUUCACGGAUGCGGAUGCAGACGGAUUCGAUGCAUUUGUACCACCGCCGCCGGUGAACAUUAUUCAUCCGAAACCCGCGUCCAAUCUUGCAGCGUACGACAUGACGAGUUACUCAUUAUUAAUUAUACUUCAAAAUCUCAUCGCUUUGACUAGGGACGCUAAGGAACAAAGUGUACUUUUUACGCUGUUAUGCGUAGACGCAAUUAACGUUCUCAAUAGCUUGUUCAGCUAAAUGAAUAGAACAUUAUCGAUUUCACUUGUCGGAAAUACACAUUUUCUUUUAGACCAAACCAUGUUAUUAUCAAAUCACGCUGCAAAUGUACAGUAUUCUUUAAAGAGUGUGUAUUUCUGCGAGUGUGCAUAAUAUGUACAGCUAAUAAAUUUGUAAAUUAUUUAAUG